CUCUGUGUCCCACCGCAUACCAAAGAGAAAAGGAUAGUGCGCGUAUAAGUCCCUCUGUGUUGUUCUCGUGCUUCUGGAGUAACAAGUGAGCGGCGAAACGGCGUUGCCAUGACGACAGAGACUCACACUGUGGCGAUGACAGACCCACAGUUAGCAAACAACAACAACAAUAACAACACCAAUAACAACAACAACAACAACAACAAUAACAAUAACGAUGGCGAGCCGAAAUACUUGCACAAGAAGUUCAAGAAGAUGGCGACGACCGAGGUUACGCCGCAAGUGGAGCCCAAGGAGGACGCCGUGGUCAGCAACGGUUCUCCAGAGACAACUAAAAGGAAGGAGGCGGCCAAGGACUCCAGAGAGUCACCGAAAGAUCCGAUCAAGAUCGAGAUCUCUGCGGAACCCGCGGACGGAGAACCGACCGAAUCAAGGAAAAACGGCUACGUGUGUCCUUAUUGCAGGCUGUCGUGCGCGAAACCGAGCGUCCUGCAAAAACACAUCCGAGCUCACACCAACGAGAGGCCGUAUCCUUGCGUUCCUUGCGGAUUCGCGUUCAAGACCAAGUCGAAUCUCUACAAGCACUGCAGAUCCCGUGCCCACGCCCUUAAGAUGGAGGGUGGUGAUGCCAGCAAAGUAUCGGAGGACUCGGACAUAAGCUUGUCCGACAGUGCGAGCAACGGAACCGGCACACCACCACCCCCUCCGUCAUCGACGCCCACGACGACUUCAGUUAGUGUAAAAACGAUUAAAACGGGGAAAAUCUACAAGCCAAAAUUUCACACGGCCCUCCAGUGUGUCAACAACGAUAUCGAAACGUCUUCCCUUUCCUCCAUUUCUUCCACGAACAGUUCUUCCUCGACAGCCGCUACAACCACGCCGAAACCAAACCCAGAGCAAGUACAGGAACAUAUUGAUAAAAUUAUUACCGACAACCAAGCGAUCGUCGAUGCGGUAGAUCCGCGACUGCACAAACUGAUUCAAAGACAGCAAAGCCUCGUGGAAACGAAACAAUCUACCGAUCAGCCGUUGAAUCUCUCAUCCGCGGAGGAAUCUUCGAGAAAACGAUGUUACAGUGAGAGCUUUGUGCAAGAAAGUAAAGAUUAUCCGAACGGUCCGGAAAGUUCGAUAAUCAAGGAUCUCCUAUUGAAAAAUCAAAACUCGAAUCAAGAGGCAACGACGGAAUACGAGAGCUAUUUUUGCCCUUCCUGCAAUAUCCCUUACACAAGUAUCGAUAAUCUCGACGUUCAUCGUAAGUACUACUGCAAAGGCAGCGUGAGUCCUCGAAGAGAUUAUCAGUUGGAAAUGGAGAAAAGAGAGUCGGAUUUUGAUUGCAAGUCUUCCGAAUAUUACAGCACCUUGCAACCCCUUCCCUCUCCCGGGCCUCUGUUGGGCAAUACGAGGCUCGUCGACGCGUACGCCCCACCCAUGAAGAAACAGAGAUCGGACCCCGUACCAACCACGUUACGAUCUCUCGAGGAGCUAAGCAAGUAUCCACGACCAAACUCGUUGCAAAUGUUCGGCGGGGAGGUCAGGAUAUUGGACAAUACCGGUGAAACGAAGACGAUGAGAAUCGAGCCGCGACAAACCAACUCUCCUACGAGCGAGCAGAUCGUGAGCAGCAAGUGCGUUACUUCGGAGACCGCUUCGAUCGUGGUUAGAUCGGGUCUGCACUCGGGAGGCACGAUGGUACACAAACCACCGCGUACGGCGGCCAGCACGCCUAGUUCCUCCAUAUCUUUGCCCAACACUCCGAAAAUGUUGGCGCCGAUCAUACCGAACAUAUCAACCUCGAAUAUAGCACCCAACAUGUCGUGCUACAGUUAUCUAGAGCCGAACUUAAAUCCUCUGACCAGUAUCACUGCCUAUAACCCGCUGACUUUGCCUCAACCGGGAAUCACGAAUAUCCUUCACGGUGGUAAAGUUAUACCUUAUGUUCCUGGCAUGCCUGGACCACACACCCUGACGCCAGCCAUAGACAUAUCCACGAGUUUAGCCACCGAUGAAGCCGGAUACAAGGUGAUACCAGGAUUGCCUGGCCUCCACAUAGUCCCUCAACCCUUAGAUCUCGCCAGUCCGGUGAAAAUACAAACGCCAAGUACAAAUACCAACGCCACCAAGAUACAAACGCCAAUAGCUGGAAUUCCAGAGCCGAUGUCCAAUGGACACGUCUCGAUGAUAGGCCAGCCAUUGGAUCUCGCCAGCCCGGCAAAGGACCCCAAGCUCGGCUUCAAAACUCCUGGCAACGAUGUUUUGAAGAUCGGAUUAACGAGCCCAAAAGUUCCUAGCGUUACCGAGACCUCGACGAGACUUCGCCUCAAGUUCUUGAGGCCGACUUCGUUGCCACUAAAGCCAGGCACGUUCACGCCUAAGAAGCAUCAUGGUAUCACUCCUACGGCAAACACGCUUCCGCUCAUAAGCCCAGAAACCCCUCGGCCGAAGAAAUCCUACGGGCAGCUUUAUUUGAACGGUCACGCGUAUACAUAUCUUGGCCUGAAAUGUUCGACCAGAGUAUUUUACUGCACUCUGAAUAGACCACAGCCAAUGUAUGUGACACAGCAACAUGGCUUAUCUAUGUACUCGAAUUGGAAGAUAUGCAAAGAAGUACCAUCUGACGUUGAUAUGGCGCAUUACGAUUCGAGGCACAGACCGCUUAAUUAUACGACCGCCUGGAAAAAACAGGAGGACAUUUUGACGCAUUCCUCGGAAAGACCGACCACCCCAACUAGUUCCGAUAGCGGUUUGGAUAGCGAUAUGCAAGAAAAAGCGAAAAGAGUUAAGAUAUUCGACGGAGGAUUUGAAAGCAACGAGGACUAUACAUAUGUCAGGGGCAGAGGUCGAGGCCGAUACGUUUGCGAGGAAUGCGGCAUUCGUUGUAAAAAGCCAUCCAUGUUAAAGAAACAUAUCAGAACGCACACGGACGUAAGGCCGUACACGUGUAAACAUUGCGCUUUUAGCUUUAAAACCAAAGGCAACCUGACGAAACAUAUGAAAUCGAAAGCUCAUUACAAGAAGUGCGUCGAGCUCGGCGUUGUUCCGGUACCUACGACGGUCUGUGAUGAAAAUAUCGAUAAAGAAGCUAUCGCCCGGUUGGCUGCAGGUGGAAAUACCGAGGAAUCCUCGGAAGAGGAGGAAGAAAGCGAUGGAGAGGAGAGUGAAGAAUCCGGAAGCGAGGAGCAAGAAGCUGCACAGAGUUUGCUAAGUCUAUCGCAACGUAAUACAAACAGAUUUCCAGGGCUUCUACCGUCUGGAAGACCGACAACUUACCCUUACACUCUAACUUUCCCAACGACCUCCAGGUCCGCGAACGUAUCAUCUACCGCGAUAAGCAACAACGUCUGCUUGAGCAGUCAAACUGUCACCACGCAAGAAACUACUCUCGUUCGAAACGAAUUGUCCCAUCGAUACUAUUUCCCCUCGAGCCGGACCGCUCCGGAAGAAUCGAGGACGACCGUGAUUCAAUCAUCGAAAAAAGAAAGUUCCGACAUCGAGGUGAACGGAGUCGAUACCGACUCGCGAAAUACUUUGGCACAGCCUAUGGAUCUCACGACGAAACCAGCCCUACAGCCGUUGCCCUCUUCCAUACCGCAAAGAGCCAAGCCAGCAGAUAUUUUAACUCCCGUUUCGGAACCGGUACUGUUACAAACGAUCGUUCAAACGAUGGAAAGACUACCGAUACAAGGAAGAGAGUGGAAACCGGAUGCCGAGGGGCAUAUGUUGCAAGCAUAUCUCACUGAACGACACGUUAUGGAUAGUAAAAUUAAACAACAAUACCGAGUAGGAAAUACGAAGAUGGAAAAGCAACCGAGAGAGAGGGACAUUUACCCGGAACAAUCAUCUCCGAAAUCAAGAAACGCUGAAUUAGAGACUAGUCCAGUAACGAGUUAUAACGAUCCUAGCAAGAUACAAAUGACUAUGAUAGAUUCCAGGAUUAAGCACGUAUCGAAGCAUACCACUGAAGAUAUCAAGAUGGAAAUCAGAGAGAAAAUUUAUCAGAACAAUAUUGUCAUAGAUCGACGGUCGUUCGAUAUCGAAUCGAUUCACAGAGAAAAAGAAAUAGCAGAGAGCAUGAAACAUACGGUUGCGCGGAAAAUGGUUGUCGGGGGACCCGGUUUUAGAUCGCCCUCGCCUAACGCUGCAACCACUAAACCACAAGCUGAGUUCUUGCAGCCCUCGAAUGGACCAGCACCUAAUUAUGUCAGUUACAGUGUGACUGAAGAUGGGAGAAGCGUCUGUGGAAUUUGUAACAAGGUGUUCAGCAAACCUAGUCAGUUACGGUUGCAUAUCAACAUUCAUUACUUCGAGAGACCAUUUAGAUGCGAAAGUUGCGCGGUUUCUUUUCGAACCAAGGGUCACUUGACAAAGCACGAAAGAUCUGUUUCUCACCACAAUAAGGUUAGUAUGACUUCCACGUUCGGAGCAGCGACCACCAGCAAUCCAAGGCCAUUUAAAUGUACAGACUGCAAAAUAGCAUUCAGAAUACAUGGUCACUUGGCGAAGCAUUUGCGCAGCAAAAUGCACAUUAUGAAAUUAGAAUGUUUAGGAAAAUUGCCCUUUGGAACGUACGCUGAGAUGGAAAGAUCUGGUGUCAAUUUGAAUGAUAUUGAUACUACCGACUGUGAUAAUAGUCUUUCUAGUCUUCAGAUGCUGGCUCAAAGACUUUGUGAAAAAGAUCCUACAAAAAUAGGUCAAUGGGAGUCUGAAACAAUUCCAAGUCAAGUGAUCAGCGGUGGUGAAACUUCGUCCGAUGAGGGUGAGCCUAUUCUACAGCAUGCGUGAAAGUGACAACCGCGAAUAUGUAUCGAUCGUAUCAUGUGCCAAUUGCAAACGAAAAUCCAAAGUCCGGUGUCCACCUUGGGAAUUCUUAGUUUAAUCGACAGAAGCACGAGGAUAGCGCGGAAGAAAGCCAGGAUUAACCUACGUUUUCCAUAGAGGAUACAAAGCCGGACGAAGAUAUACAAUUAUAUAAGUGCCAAGUUUGCACAGUGUUUACUAUGAACGAAUUAUAAGAACGAGUUACAUUGCUUCGUUGAACAUAAUAUCAAAUCAGAUUCUAGUACAAAUACCCAAGGGGAUAGGGGCUUGAACAUACACAAGUGUAGAGAGAAAGAGAAUACUCAGAUAUGAAUUACAGACGAACUCGUAGUCAAGACAGAUCACAAUCACAAUAGACAAACAAUCGAAGACACGUAUGUAGUGCCAAAAUAAUGCAGCGAAUUAUAGACAAUCUGCGGUGAAAUUUCAAAGAAUUCGUUGCUGUAACAGAUAAAAUAUAGCUGUAAUAACAAAAUACCAUCACCUUUCGAAGGAAAUUUUUCAAGAGAUUUUCAUUAACCAAGCUAAUAGCGUUUAUUAUUGUGAUGAAACAUUGCAGCAAUCUUCUUCCAAGAUGCCAAAAAAAGCAAUUUAAUUACAUUAAAAACAAAUUCUACAAUGUGGUAAUGUACAACAAAAAAUUAUCGAAAAAAAUUACUAUUAUAAUGAAACUCUGAUUUAUUUAAUGUGUAUUUAUUUAAUGCGUCGAAGUAUACAGAGUACAAACAGGAUAAUACUAUAGUACAAAGAUAAAAGAGGGAAUUAUACGUGAAAAGAUAAAUAAAAAAACAUGCUAUGAAAUUUCUAAUUCGAGAUAUCGUUUUCAGAAAGAUUUAUUUUGGGAAUUCAUCGGACAUAGAUUGGGGUUAGUUAUUAUCCUAUUUCGUUAUUAAUUGUUUUAUACGACAUAAUUUUCUAUUUAGAUUUCAAUCAAAGAUUUCCGAUCACUGAAGAUACACGAUGAUGUAGUUUGGUAAUAUAACGAAUUUUUGUACAAAUCCGGCUUCUUCUUUUUGCUUUUCUACCAAUGUCAGACAUUCAAGCUCGUGAUUUUUGCACAUGCCCACGUAUAUCAAACAGAAACUAUAGAAGGAUUAAUUAUUUGUGUAUUCAAGCAAUUUCUAAAAUCAAUUGUGUCUCUUUUGUUUUUCAUAACAUAUUCCUUAUUCUUUCAGUUUCAGUUAUACUGUUGUCUCACUCUGUAUAAUAGACGCAUACCUUGCAAUAUAAAGCAGUUAAAUGCACGUUAAAAAUUAAUUGACUUCAGAAAUUGAAAGCAAAAUUAUUGAAUACUUAACAAUACUACUUUUUUAUUUUUGAUACUCUAAUAAACAAAAUUUGCUGUGUAGCCAAUCACAUCAUCAAAACAGUGAUUUCUUUAUGUUUUAAACAUUUUUAUCGAUACUACUUCCUAAAGUAACAAUAUGUGUAUUUUUAAUUAUCUGUCCAACUAUCAAUAAGAAAAUCCUUUCUAAUUGAAUAUUAUAUACUUUCCUCAUUAGAGUUUGCUUUUCGUAUUAUUUGUCGUAAUAAGUAAAAAGGUUAAAAUAAAUAAUAUCUGCUGUUCGGUGGACAAGAAAUUUUCUGUACAUUUGUAUGAAAUAUGUGUCUAGAACUAUACAAUUUUUCUUUAUAGAUUUAAAUUAAAAUGUAGUAUUUCCAUUUUAAACAGGUAACAUUAUUCAUUUUAUCUUGCUUUAGUCUUUUAAAAAUAAUUUUUUAAGUGUACACAAAUAACCAAGUCAUCUGUAUUUAACAUAGUUAUACGUGUAUGUACAUAACAUAACAGUAAAUAUAUUGUACAGAUUUAUAAUCAAAUGUGUCAUACAAAAUGUACUAAAAAAUUAUUGAAGGUAUAAUGGUUUAUCUAAAUGCCAUUCCCAAAAAUGAAAGAAACAUUAAACAUCAUUGAUUUGAUUCCUUUUCUCUUUCAGAAAUAAAAAUUAUGUAACUAAACAUUAUAAAAGAAUUUGGGCUGAAUCAUACUAUGAUAUUACUAUAUUUUUUAUUGAUAUAUACUGGCAUAUUCAUAGUUACAAACGUCUACAUGUAAUAUUUCAUGUCAGAAAACUACAUUUAGAUAAAGUAUUCUAUAUAUAUAAUUUAAAUUUAUAUUGAAAUAAGUGCACUUAUUAUAAAGCAGAUAAAAAAUUCCCAAUGGGUGACGAGUACAAGUAAAAUAAUAAUGUGCCAAAUAUUUAUAUAGAAACUUAUAAUAUUAUAAUUUCAAUAUAUCGUUUAAUUCUAUGAUUAGAAAAAUCUUUUCUCAGAUGGCAUAAUGGAUAAACCAUUAAAAUUCUGUUUUAAAAUUUUGGUACAUACAUGAAGAUACAAUCACAGUGUAAAGCGGAUAUUCUAACUCAUUGAUAAUAAGAAAUGCAAACCUAUGUUUAGUGAGUGUUGUUUAUAUUCUUAUAAUGGUUCACAUAACAGCUUUUUCAUUGUCAAUCAUAUUU